GUCCCGAGACAAGUCCGAAAAUGGCCUCACUGUCGAUUUUGCGUCUGUAAUCAAACCGUUCCGGGAAAGCGACAAGCAUAUAAAUAAGGGAGAUUCCAUGGCUCAGGAGAUGUUUGAGGAUUGUUAUUCUCAUCAUCGAGAUCAGCAAAUCAACCAAGAAUCCUAUCAUUGAGCCUAGAAAACCAAACUCACCGAGUCUCUCAUCAAUAUAUUCAAAAUGUCCAUCACCAAGUACAAGGCAGCUGCUGUCACCUCGGAGCCGGGAUGGUUCGAUCUCGAAGCCGGCGUCCAAAAGACAAUCAACUUCAUCAAUGAGGCCGGCCAAGCGGGAGCCAAGCUUGUUGCUUUCCCCGAAGUCUGGAUUCCUGGCUACCCCUAUUGGAUGUGGAAAGUCAACUACUUGCAGAGCCUCCCGAUGCUCAAGGCCUACCGCGAGAACUCUCUCAAGGUUGACUCGGACGAGAUGCGCCGCAUCCGGCGCGCGGCUCGCAACAACAACAUCUACGUCUCACUGGGCUUCUCCGAGAUUGACCACGCAACCCUGUAUCUGGCGCAGGUGCUGAUCGGCCCGGACGGCGAGGUGCUCAAUCACCGGCGCAAGAUCAAGCCAACCCAUGUCGAGAAGCUUGUCUAUGGCGAUGGCUCCGGUGAUAGCUUCAUACCCGUGACGCAAACAACACUCGGCCGCGUCGGUCAACUCAACUGCUGGGAGAACAUGAAUCCGUUCCUCAAGUCGCUGAGCGUCGCGUCGGGCGUGCAGGUCCAUGUCGCCGCGUGGCCUGUGUACCCUGGCGUCGAGCAACAGGUUGCACCCGAUCCAGCCACCAACUAUGCCGACACGGCCUCGGACCUUGUGACACCCGCAUUUGCCAUCGAGACGGGAUCCUGGGUGCUGGCCCCAUUCCAGCGGCUCAGCGUCGAGGGGCUAAAGAAGACCACGCCUGCCGGAGUCGAGCCGGAGACUGACCCCACGCCGUACAAAGGCCACGCUCGCAUCUACCGACCUGACGGCAGCCUGGCGGUACCCAAGCCCGACAAGGACUUUGAUGGUCUGAUGUUUGUCGACAUUGACCUGAACGAGACGCAUCUGACCAAGGUCAUUGCUGAUUUUGCUGGCCAUUACAUGAGGAGCGAUCUCAUUCGUCUACUCGUCGACACCCGACGCAAAGAGCUCAUUACCGAAGCUGAUCCACAGGGCGGAAUCAAGUCUUAUAGCACCAGGACUCGAUUGGGUCUCGGCAAGGCUUUGGAUGAUGACGUCGAGGAAGACACGGAGCGCACUGUUUGAAGUGGUAAAUAGAGAAUGCAAGCAUUGCCUUUCUGCUUUUGAUCUGUUCUGUACUGUACAACACGCAGCCACUGGCGGCAAAUCAAAUCCCCCCUCCAUUGACUGACUUUCUUCAUGCGUCGAUUUAAUCCGCCUCCCCACUCCCCCAACCCAGCGAAUGUCUGCAGAGGAAAAAAAAAGUGUAAAGACCUAAAUCUAGAACACACCCCACGCCAUCGAUCACGUAUCUGCAACCGAUAAUAAACUGUUCGGACCUUCCCGUCUGGCAAUGACAUGAACGCCCAGGAUAUCUUCCAUCAAGGUGCCAGGGACCUUUUUUUUUCGACUCGUCCAGACCCUCGAAUCAAUCAGCCGGCUGAGCUGCGAACCCUCCUGAAGCCCCAGCGUAUCAUGACUUUUUGCCAAGCGCCAUUCAUAUUUUAUGGCGCGCCGACCUGCCUGUUAAGGCAAGUGGGACCUCGCAUCUCCAAUCAUUCCCCGGCAACGCCAAGAUCGAGAUAACAGGCCAACUACCGCUUUUCUCCACGAUGCCCGCCAGCCCCCUCCCGCUUCACCUGCCAAUUUUCAUUAGUCCCCGAACCUGUCGAUGC